AUGAUGACAAUUCAGGCCGCAAAGUUUACUCCAGAGGUUCUCCUCUCGGCGCCGCGGCGGUCGCCCGGCGUGCCCAAUGCGACGGGCGAGCUCGUCUUAUACACGGUCUCGACGUACUCGUUCGAUACCCACUCCAAAACCUCGCAGAUCCGCGUGCUCAACAUUAAAGAGGGCACAUCGCAUCUCGUCUCCGAAGACUCCGCAGCCAGCGAGCCUAUCUGGAUCAGCGAAAAGGAAGUUGCCUAUGUCAAGGGCCUCGAUAACGGUGCCUCGGCGCUAGUGGCACAGCAUGUCCUCGACACAAAUGAAACAAACACCAUCCACCGCUUCGCUGGAAGUAUCUCUAGCGUCAAAGCCAAGCCUCUAUCAGAAGACAAAGUGGCUUUCUGCUGUGCAGCUCUGACGACUCCCGACGGGCAGCUUCACAAUCCAUCUGCGGAACCAAAGUCGCAUACUUCGGCCAAGAUCUACAACUCCCUUUUUGUGCGCCAUUGGGAUUCCUGGAGCACUGAGAAUAAGAAUUCGCUUUGGUAUGGUCAGCUGGAGAAGGUAGACGGGAAAUGGACUCUUGGAAACUCUGCGCUCACUAAUUUGCUUGCGGGCACCAAAUUGAACUCUCCGGUACCUCCCUUUGGCGGCGCAGGUGAUUUCGACAUCUCUUCGAGUGGCAUUGUAUUUGUUGCCAAGGACCCGGAACUGAACCACGCGAGAUACACCAAGACUGACCUUUAUUUCGUUCCUCUGAGCUCCUUCUUGGAUAAGCCGACUGUUCCCCAGAUUGUCAAAACCGGAAGACUGCUUGGAUACUCUAGCUCGCCCGCCUUCUCUAAUGAUGGCAAACAAGUUGCCUUUCUUCGCAUGAAAUCCCAGCAGUACGAGGCCGAUAAGACGAGACUGUUGUUGAUUCCAGACGUGACGGAUCUGAGCAAUGUACAAGAGUUUUACGAGACCGACGAUGACAAAGGCGGCUGGGAUUUCAAGCCCGACUGGAUCGUUUGGAGCCAUGACAACAAGGAGUUGUAUGUUGCGGCCGAAAAGCAUGCUCGUGUUGUCCUGUGGAAAUUACCAUCAUCGCCGUUGGAAGCCAAAUCUCUGCCCACCCCUAUUCACGAAGACGGAUCUGUGGCUGAGGCAAAGGUUCUUGGAGGCAGCUCAUCGCUACUGAUAACAACAAGAUCACGAGUCGAAAGCUCCAACUAUUCGAUACUUGACCCUGCUACUAGAUCGGUUAACGUUGUCUCCUCUACAACCAAACAAGGCCGAGCUUUCUCUUUGACUAGAUCACAGUGUCAAGAGAUCUGGUACAAGGGCUCCAAGGGUUAUAAUGUUCAUGCUUUGGUCACUCUCCCCUCAACUUUCGACCCUUCUAAAAAGUACCCCUUGGCUUUCUUGGUACACGGUGGACCACAGGGAGCCUGGGGAGAUGACUGGAGCACUCGGUGGAAUCCUGCCAUCUUUGCUGAGCAAGGCUACGUUGUUGUGAGCCCUAAUCCGACUGGAAGCACAGGCUAUGGCCAAGACCACACCGACGCCAUUCAAAAUAACUGGGGUGGUGAUCCCUACGUGGAUCUGGUCAAAUGUUUCGAGUAUAUCGAGAAAGAAAUGAACUACGUAGAUACGGAUAGGGCGGUUGCUCUCGGCGCCUCGUAUGGUGGCUAUAUGAUGAACUGGAUCCAGGGCCACGAUCUGGGGCGAAAGUUCAAAGCGCUCGUAUGCCAUGACGGUGUCUUUUCGACUCUCAGUCAGUGGUCUACGGAAGAGCUAUUCUUCCCCGAGCAUGACUUUGGCGGCACACUUUGGGAUAACCGAGAAGGUUAUGAGAAGUGGGAUCCGGCCAGGCACACUGGCAACUGGGCUACACCACAACUUGUCAUCCAUAACGAGCUCGACUAUCGUCUGCCAAUCUCUGAGGGCUUGGCUAUGUUCAACGUCCUUCAGGCUCGUGGCGUGCCUAGCAAGUUUGUCAUGUUCCCCGAUGAGCAUCAUUGGGUACUCAAGCCUGAGAACUCGUUGGUUUGGCACAGAGAGGUGCUGGACUGGAUCAAUAAGUACAGCGGAAUCUCUGAGCAAGAGUAA